UAGGAGAAGAUCCAGAGGUUCGCGGCUUCUUUCACGCGAGCGCUUUCAACUCGUUUGGCAUCAGUCUCUCGGGUGGUAUCGGCUAUCAAAUGGCCAAAUGGCUCACAACAGGCGCACCAGAGAUCGACUUAUCAGCCUAUGAUAUAAAGAGAUUCAAUAGACAUUUGGUUCACAAUAGAGUUUGGUGUCAAGAGAGGUGUCGGGAGGCGUACGCCAGAAACUAUGGCAUUAUCUAUCAGUGCGAUGAACCCCUCACAGCCCGAAACGAGACGUUUAGCGACGCGUUAUAUGACAUACUGAAAAGCAAAGGCUGUGUAUAUCGAGAAAGACAUGGCAUUCAGUGUCCGGAUUGGUUUGAUUUGACGCCACAACGACUCACAACUGAAGAGUACAUUGAUUUGGACAACACAUACGACUGGUCCGAAGACAGCCGGCAAUGGAUGGCCGUUAAACAUGAGUGCGAGUCCUCUCAUGAAAGAGCGAUUGUUGUGAAUCUCUCCUCAAUGGCUAAGUAUUUGGUUCGCGGAGAGAAUGCUAUGAAAGUAAUCGAUAGUUUGAGUCCAACUGAUGUCAAAUCAAUGCCCAAUAAUUCAACAAUACUUACAUAUCUGCUCAAUAAGAGGGGCGGUAUUAUCGCCGAAAUUAUCGUUACAAAAAUAAAUGACUCCGAGUUCUACAUAACGUGUGCCGAAGUGUCCACUAAUCAUGUUUUCGUCAAUUUAUGUGAUGUAAUAAACGAUGAAAACAUAGGAAAUAUAGAAAUUGUCGAUUUGUCUAAAGAUAUCGGAAUUCUAUCACUAAAUGGACCAAAAAGUACGGAAAUAUUAGAAACAAGUUUUGAUAUAUCAUUGAAUGAUUUCCGCGAAGGAAGUCAUCGGAAAAUCAAAAUAAAUGUAAGCAUUGAAUGAGUUUUAUAAUAAUUUA